ACGGGGACGAAAAAGCUCUCGUGGUGCCGUAAUUUAGUGUUCGUUUCAAAACCUUCCGUUCCCUAUCUGCUGUAGAUGUAAAUUUCGCUUCAUUUUAUGUAUUCUGGGGAAGUAUUAAUAAAAGUGGAAUAGCAGUAACUACGACUGUUCCAGUGGAAGCAGGAAAACGGCAAAAUGUAUUCCAGUGGAGCAGCUGGUGCUGCUGAGAUGUGCGAGGGACCUCACUCCACUGGGUCAGGUGGUUCUGCACCUCCUUCACCUCCGAUACCAGAAUAUGUGUUCAAACCACCGCCGCGACCAGACUUUGGCACCAUGGGCAGGACAAUCAAACUGCAGGCCAAUUUCUUUGAGAUGGAGAUCCCAAAGCUCGAGGUCUACCAUUACGACAUUGACAUCAAGCCCGAAAAGUGUCCAAGAAGAGUCAAUCGAGAAAUUGUAGAGCACAUGGUCCAGCACUUUAAAACUCAGAUCUUUGGGGAUCGAAAACCAGUCUAUGAUGGGAGGAAGAACCUCUACACAGCUAUGCCCCUGCCUAUAGGGAGGGAAAAGGUGGAGCUGGAGGUGACCAUCCCGGGGGAAGGGAAGGACAGAAGCUUCAAGGUGGCAAUAAAAUGGGUCUCCUGCGUCAGUCUACAAGCUCUUCACGAAGCGUUGUCCGGGCGGCUGCCAAACAUCCCCUUUGAAACUAUUCAGGCCCUGGAUGUGGUGAUGAGACAUUUGCCCUCUAUGAGGUACACGCCCGUAGGCCGCUCUUUCUUCACCCCCUCAGAAGGCUGUUCCAACCCGCUGGGAGGGGGGCGCGAGGUCUGGUUCGGCUUCCACCAGUCUGUCAGGCCCUCCCUUUGGAAAAUGAUGCUGAACAUCGACGUCUCUGCCACCGCGUUUUACAAAGCCCAGCCUGUGAUCGAGUUCAUGUGCGAGGUUUUGGAUUUCAAAAGCAUAGAGGAACAGCAGAAGCCCUUAACGGAUUCCCAGCGAGUCAAGUUUACCAAGGAGAUCAAAGGUCUGAAGGUGGAGAUCACACACUGUGGACAGAUGAAAAGGAAGUACAGAGUGUGCAACGUGACCCGGAGGCCGGCCAGCCACCAAACGUUCCCUCUGCAGCAGGAGAAUGGACAGACCAUGGAAUGCACUGUAGCCCAGUACUUCAAGGACAAGUACAAGCUGGUGCUGCGCUAUCCCCACCUCCCCUGUCUGCAGGUGGGGCAGGAGCAGAAGCACACCUAUCUCCCCCUCGAGGUUUGUAACAUCGUGGCAGGGCAGCGAUGUAUAAAGAAGCUCACAGACAAUCAGACUUCCACUAUGAUUCGUGCCACAGCCAGAUCCGCCCCCGAUCGACAGGACGAGAUCAGCAAACUGAUGAGAAGUGCCAACUUUAACACGGACCCUUACGUUCGGGAAUUCGGGGUGAUGGUGAGGGACGAGAUGACCGAGGUGAACGGACGUGUCCUCCAGGCACCGUCCAUACUCUACGGUGGCAGGAACAAGGCCAUAGCGACUCCCAUCCAAGGUGUGUGGGACAUGAGGAACAAGCAGUUCCACACUGGGAUCGAGAUCAAAGUGUGGGCCAUCGCCUGCUUCGCCCCCCAGCGUCAGUGCACCGAGCUCCUGCUAAAGGCCUUCACAGACCAGCUGAGGAAGAUCUCACGUGACGCCGGGAUGCCCAUCCAGGGCCAGCCCUGCUUCUGCAAGUACGCCCAGGGAGCGGACAGCGUGGAGCCCAUGUUCAAGCACCUGAAGUACACCUACCAGGGCCUGCAGCUGGUGGUGGUCAUCCUCCCUGGGAAAACUCCUGUCUACGCUGAGGUGAAGCGGGUGGGGGACACGGUGCUGGGGAUGGCCACUCAGUGCGUCCAGGUGAAGAACGUGCAGAAGACCACCCCUCAGACCCUGUCCAACCUCUGCCUGAAGAUCAACGUGAAGCUGGGCGGCGUCAACAACAUCCUCCUCCCGCAGGGCAGGCCCUUGGUGUUCCAGCAGCCGGUGAUCUUCCUCGGGGCCGACGUGACUCACCCUCCCGCGGGAGACGGGAAGAAGCCCUCCAUCGCCGCGGUGGUGGGCAGCAUGGACGCCCACCCCAGCCGCUACUGCGCCACGGUGCGGGUCCAGCAGCACCGUCAGGACAUCAUCCAGGACCUGGCCGCCAUGGUGCGUGAGCUGCUCAUCCAGUUCUACAAGUCCACCCGCUUCAAGCCCACGCGCAUCAUCUACUACCGCGACGGCAUCUCCGAGGGCCAGUUCAACCAGGUGCUCCAACACGAGCUGCUGGCGAUCCGCGAGGCUUGCAUCAAACUGGAGAAGGACUACCAGCCGGGCAUCACGUUCGUGGUGGUGCAGAAGCGUCACCACACCCGGCUCUUCUGCAUGGACCGCAAUGAGAGGGUGGGAAAAAGUGGCAACAUCCCUGCCGGUACCACAGUGGACACUAAAAUCACCCACCCUUCAGAGUUUGACUUCUACCUGUGCAGCCACGCUGGCAUCCAGGGCACUAGCAGACCCUCCCAUUACCACGUGCUGUGGGACGACAACCAUUUCACUUCCGACGAGCUGCAGGUGCUCACCUACCAACUGUGCCACACGUACGUGCGCUGCACGCGCUCCGUCUCCAUCCCAGCGCCCGCCUACUACGCCCACCUGGUGGCCUUCCGGGCUCGCUACCACCUGGUGGACAAGGAGCACGACAGUGCCGAAGGCAGCCACACCUCGGGACAGAGCAACGGACGGGACCAGCAGGCCUUGGCCAAGGCGGUGCAGAUCCACCAGGAUACCCUGCGCACCAUGUACUUUGCUUGAUCCGCAAGC